AUGAACGAAACCGCCCUCCUAUGGACGCAGCGGGCCGGAGAAACGGCGGAGGUGGAGGACGAUGAAACGUAUGUGCCGCGAAACCACCUGGCACUGCCGUUGCUUAACGGUAUCCGGACGCCCAAGGAGUCAGCCAGAUCCAAUGAGCUUUAUCCGGUCACCGGGGACAUCCUCCUGCGGAUGACGUACCACCGCUGCAUUCUGACACUGCAAAUUCAAAAAGGGCGAAAUCUGAAACCACCGAAUAAACCCGGCUACACCAAUCCCUAUUGCAGAGCUCAAGUGGUGCCUGAACAAGCGGAACUGAAGUGUCGCACGCGGUGUAUCCAGCACGAUCUUAAUCCGAAAUGGAUGGAAACCUUCCCAUUCUCGGGCAUCGAUCCCCGUGAGAUUCACCACAAAAAAAUCGCGAUCUCAGUAUGGCAUCGAAAUUGGCUGUGGCCGGAUACUCUUCUCGGCGAGGUCAUCGUGGAUCUCGCAGAUCCGGUCAAUCUGGAUGGCGUACGACGCUGGUAUCAGCUGGAGUAG